CCACCGGAGCGUAAGGCAUAAAAGGGGCGCCGCCCAACGCUACGCAGGCGCCGCGGCAAAAGAGGAAGCAAGAUGGCGUCGACGAGCCGCUUGGAUGUGCUACCAAGAGUGACAUGUCCAAAUCAUCCAGAUUCGAUUUUGGUGGAAGAUUACAGAGCUGGAGACAUGAUCUGUCCAGAAUGUGGACUUGUAGUGGGUGACAGAGUCAUUGAUGUAGGGUCGGAAUGGCGAACGUUCAGCAAUGACAAAGCAACCAAAGACCCAUCCCGAGUUGGAGACACCCAGAAUCCUCUCCUGAGUGAUGGAGACUUGACUACAAUGAUUGGCAAGGGCACAGGGGCAGCCAGUUUUGAUGAAUUUGGGAAUUCAAAGUAUCAAAACCGCAGGACCAUGAGCAGUUCUGAUCGCGCAAUGAUGAACGCAUUCAAAGAAAUUGCCAGCAUGGCCGACAGAAUCAACCUCCCCCGAAAUAUAGUUGAUCGAACAAAUAAUUUAUUCAAGCAAGUGUAUGAACAGAAGAGCCUGAAGGGAAGAAGUAAUGAUGCCAUUGCCUCCGCUUGUCUCUAUAUUGCCUGCAGACAAGAGGGGGUUCCUAGGACAUUUAAAGAAAUAUGUGCUGUCUCAAGAAUUUCCAAAAAGGAAAUAGGCCGGUGUUUUAAGCUCAUCUUGAAAGCCUUGGAAACCAGUGUGGAUUUGAUCACGACUGGAGAUUUCAUGUCCAGAUUUUGUUCAAACUUGGGUCUUCCUAAGCAAGUCCAGAUGGCUGCAACACACAUUGCUCGCAAAGCAGUGGAAUUGGACCUGGUUCCUGGGAGGAGCCCCAUCUCAGUUGCAGCUGCAGCUAUUUAUAUGGCUUCACAGGCCUCAGCAGAGAAGAGGACUCAGAAAGAAAUUGGAGACAUCGCUGGCGUUGCUGACGUUACAAUCAGGCAAUCAUAUCGGCUGAUUUACCCAAGGGCUCCAGAUCUGUUCCCAUCAGACUUCAAAUUUGACACCCCAGUGGACAAACUGCCACAGCUGUAAAAUUGAUAAGGUUGUUUCUAAGGUUUUUUAAAAUCUUUUUUUUUUUUUACUUACAAUGGUGUAUAAAAGCAGUACAGCUGAGCCUUCAAGUUGUGGAACUGAUUAAAGGAUGUGGGGAUAAAGAGAGAAAGAAGUUGGAGCACACAUUCCACUUGUAAACAAGAUACUUUUGUGGCAUAUUUUAUGUAUAUAUUAGUGAAAGUAACUAUUUAACAACCAUUGCAAAAAACUUCAUGUCCUAUUGUAUGUACUGAAUUUUUUUUGUAGAGACCUAGUAAAAUGUAUUUUGGAAAAUGUGUCAAAUUCUACUCCUUGAAUAAACAGUUUUCCAAAAACA